CAAUUACCUAAAGAAUAUAUUAAAGGAAUCUUUUCCAACGGUUGGCCACUAUAGGUGCUUUUUAUAGUGUCGAGUAUUUACGCUAUAAAUCACAUUACUAUAUUUUUAAGCCCCCUCCUCACUUAUACCUAUUAUCUUAAGAGGUACCUACUACUUAUAGAUUUCUUUUCCUUUUAUGAGAAUCUGCUAGAGAAUUUAGGUCAUUUAAGUCGCCAUUCUUUCAUGAUUUAUUUUGUACUAUCACUGAGAUCCAUCUUAUGUUGUAUCAUGUCAUUCCAUUCGUAUUUUUGGACUGGGGGAUUUCUUUAUUCUAUGCGGCUCUUCAUCUUAUCUCGAGGAGUGAUAUGUUUAGACUCCCUGGACCGCUGAAACGCCUAAAGCAAAAUGCUCUCUAUUAUUAGUAGUUCGGUAUUAGAUAGGUUGAUAAUUACUCAUGGAAGGGCUACGUUAUAUUUCAAUCCCUUACUUGUAUCCUCAUUAAUACUCCUAAUGGCGACUCGGCCAAUCACACCAUCCCUUAGAAGACAUCACAGUUUAAAAACCAUUACGGCCAUUUCGAUUAUGAUCGCUGUGUUAAUCUUAACAUUGUUGAAUUAAGAAGUAUAUCAUCGAGCGUACCUAAUUCUAUCCAAAUGCCCGCAUAAUAUCUGCUAGCGGUAAGUGAGGUUUCAUACAUGUACCUGGGGAGUCAAGUUUGUCUUGUAGGUCAUUGAUUAUACUCAAUGACAUACCUGGACGCUUACAGGCUGCGGCAAGACGGAGUAUAGUGAGCAAUAAACCUUCGCUAUAGGAUUGGAAGAAGACGAAGCCACCUCAUAGGAUAGAUCUUCGUUUAUUUGAUGGAUGAGUACAUAGGUAGAGUACGAACUAACCUUAAAUAUGCUUGAGUAGACUUCAUAUGGCUUUUGGAAUCUGUCAGGAUUCUAGAUGAGACAUCUAGAACAAAGGACAUAUUCAGUACCUAAUGUAUUGACUCAGACUCUCGUAGAUAGAUUAGAGUUCCUUGCGGAACAGCAAAGUUGUUUCCCUACUGUUUAGUUCCACCUCGUGA